CAUCUAUUGGCAUAUUUAGUUACAUUGCCAUUUAUGUUCAUUUACCUGUAAUGACAACGAUGGCCGGAAAAUCCCCAGUUACCAUUGUCUUCUCUUUUCUAUUACUCUUGUCUAUUUCACCUUCGCUCGCCCGUUGUGGCGGAAUUUCCAUUUACUGGGGCCAAAACGGCAACGAAGGAACACUAGAAUCGACCUGUGCUACAGGGAGAUACUCUUACGUGAACAUAGCCUUCCUCAACAAAUUUGGUGGCGGUCAAACCCCGGAAAUCAACCUUGCUGGCCAUUGUAAUCCAGCUACCAAUGGUUGCACCAUUAUCAGCAGCGGCAUCACGAGUUGCCAGAAGAAAGGAAUCAAGGUGUUGCUUUCUCUCGGAGGAGGAAUCGGAAAUUAUUCCCUUGCUUCUCAAGCUGAUGCACGAAUCGUAGCAGAUUAUCUGUGGAACAAUUUCUUAGGUGGGAAAUCUCCUUCUCGUCCGCUUGGUAAUGCUGUAUUGGACGGUAUUGAUUUUGAUAUCGAGCAGGGUUCAACACAGCAUUGGGAAGAUCUUGCAAGUUACUUAUCCGCAUAUAGCAAGAGAGGCAAGAAGGUGUAUUUAGGUGCAGCACCUCAAUGUCCGUUCCCUGACCGGAACUUAGGAACCGCCCUUAAUACCGGCCUGUUCGACUACAUAUGGGUUCAGUUCUAUAACAACCCACCCUGCCAGCAUAGUUCAGGUAAUACCACCAACAUUAUUAAUUCCUGGAAUCGAUGGACCAACUCCAUCAGCACAGGGAAAUUAUUUUUGGGUUUACCAGCAGCUCCACAGGCAGCCGGAAGCGGGUAUAUUCCACCUGAUGUCUUGACUUCUCAAAUUCUUCCGGUAAUAAAACGGUCACCUAAGUAUGGAGGUGUCAUGCUUUGGUCAAAGUUCUGGGAUGAUCAGAAUGGAUACAGUCCCUCUAUCAUCAAAAGUGUAUAACAAGGAAGUAGAAUUUUUUUGAUUGAUCUAAAUUGCAGGGUGUGAGUCAAUGUGAUCAAUCCUUACGUUAAUUGAUAUGCUUAAUAAAGUGUAGUUAUUGACUUUUCUUGUAUUCAACUCUAUUUGCAUUAUGAGAUUUAUUUAAAAGCCAA